AUGGUAGUGGUGGUGCAGUCCGAUAGCAGCGAAGACAACGAGGCGUACGCAGAAGAGGGUAAUCGCGUGCGGAUGGCGAAGAGACUAGGCGAGGAUAACGAGGAAAAGAUUAGUUCGGAGUUGGGCACUGCUGAAGAGGUACAUACAUUGCUACGGGCGGCCUCGCUUCUCCUCGAUUGGUUCGAAGAGGUAAAUUUAGCAGGAGGUAGUGGCGAUGGCGAUGGCGAGGGCGAUUCGGAAGUCUUCUUUCGUCAUCGACGACCGCCUCCGGCCAUCUCCUAUGAGACGGUGUUCGCGUGCCAGCAGCCGGUGGCGAGCGAACACCAAUUUAUGGACACCGGCGGUUUCACGAAGAGUUUCACGUCGACAACAAGCGUCGUUGGAAAGACGCAAAGAGAAGGACAGGCCAGGCGGCUACUAAAGCCAACGCGAGGCAAGGAGAAGGCGGUGGCUGCGGCAGCUGUGCGAAACUUUUAA